AUCACAUGUUGUGCCUCGUGCAGUCUUUGGUCCUUCAUGUGACGUGAACAUUCAAUAAUCCCCGCUGCUGUCACGACUUGUCGACGUGGCAUGCUAUACCAAAUCUGGAUGUGUAAUGCGGGGUGGCAGGAGCGCCAGGAGUCCUCGUUUCCAUUUUGGGUCUCCCUUCACCAGGUACUGAUGGGAAUCGAGAUCAGGUGGCGGCCACACCUGAUACUUUCUCAUCGGCGUAUCCACUCGUCGUAAAUACCACGACGAUGGCGACAGCAACAGAGAUGGCGUCGACGAGCACAACACUCACAAGGAGUAUCAAGUCCCAUUGCGUCGGUCGCGUCAUCAUCGAGAUGCUGCCGAAUCAUCUACACAUACCCAAACCACGCCGGUCAGCCAUGUCUCCACCAAUGCUAUAUCCGGAACCACCUCUCUCCCCAGCACUGUCGCAUACUUCACGAACACCGUACGAGCAAUCAAUGACACCAACACCGAUAUCAGCGCCACAUAUUUCCGCCUCACCGCUAUUUACAUCGCAUGCGACAUCAAUUUCGCUGACUUGUACACCUUCGACCCCGUCUAUGUCACAAUCACUAUCGUCCCAUGUCAAAGCACAGGUGACAGCGUUAUCGGACACCGAUGAGCAGCGCGAAGCCAGAGACUUGCUCCCCCCACCCCAAGUGCCCUCUGUUAAAUUCCAGCCCCCUCCCUCAUCCACUACCAUCGGUGAUAAAGCCGGAACUAAUACUGCUUCAGGCAACGUGACAGCAAACGCAUACCCUCGUGUUAUCGUCGUCAACCCAACUCCCCAUCCUACACCACCUACCACGCCCAUCCUAGGCGGUGGUGGUAGUGUUGGUGGUGGUGCCACUUCUGUCAACGUCUCUUUUGAUUCUACCAUCGAUGACGAGGUGGGAAGGAUGCAGGUUUCUAAGCCGACACAUCUGUCACUACCACUACCGAUGGCCGCGGCCCGUGGUAGGCCACGGGGUAAUGAUCGAGUGUCAGAGCCAUCACGACCAUUGGUGCCCGGGCCAAAGAAUUCGGCUCCCGUUGCUACUUUUGUCGAAGUUUUGGCUCAACCCGCUAAUCCACCGGAUGACGUCAACGCUAGUGCGGGUAUGCCCAAUACACCGAGCGAAUCUCGGCGGUUCUUCUUACAACACUCACCGGAUGACGUAUCCCCUGAUGGAGAUGACGGGCGCGAUCGUCGACGUCAGCAGGGUAGCAAUCGGGACGCAUCUUCUCCUAGGAGUGAUAGCGCAGGAACCCGACAAAGUCGCCACGCUCACCCCUCUCAUAUGCAGGUUACGACGGCGAAAAUUGGUGCGAAAGAGCAUAGAAGGGCUGUGGCUGAGCAUAGCGAGGGCGACAGCGAAUAUGACAACGACGACGACGAACGUGACAAACGGUCCGUGUCUGCUGCGACGAAUAACACGUCUCUGCGCGGGAAAAAAGGCAGAGUGGGAACGGCGGCUGGCAGGGCACAGGUGGUACGCCUGAAGCGGGCACAUUCGGCCAAACACGGUGUUGGGCUUCAAGGACACGGUCAUGCGGUGCCGGUGAUGCAGAAGCGAUCGGCAGGGCAGGUUGUGGAACGUCGUAUGCCUCAACUUCACUCGCAGCAGCAACACCACAAAGCGUCGUUCAAUAUUGGCUCUGGGUCUUCUGGUGGAUCUAAGUCCACGCAAUCAACGAAUGCACCAAUGUACGUGCCAGUUGCGUAUGGACCAGUCAACGGUGCUGCCAACGCUCAAGCGCAAGCGCUGAUGAAAGAUUCGACGUCCAACGUUCCUAUCCAGCUUCCUUCUACGCUUUCCGCUGAACCGACAAUUAAAGUGCCUAGUGCUCAGAACGAUUCUACUCCACAGAACGAUAUCAUUACUGGUUACGGUGACAGUAACGCCAAUACGGCAGGGAGCACUAAUGCUAUUAAUAACCAGCCAAACGGGGCGCAGCAGCAACAAGGACGGAGGACGAUUGUGGUAGCCACCUCGGAGGAGGAGUACGAGACGACAGACGGAUCUGACUCUGGAUGGGCGUCAGAGGAUAUGGAAGAGCAUACUCAAUCGAAGGAUGCUGGCAGGCUCAGGCAGCAACAGCAGCACCAUGGAGGUGCAGGUAAAACCAAAUGUCUUGGCAAGUCCGCUAGCGCUAUAUCCAAGGCUGCAGAAGAAGAGAUUCGUCUUCGUGAAGCAGCGCUCGAGGCGCAACGCCAACGAGAGUUCUUCACGAAAGUCCCACGGCGGUCGUACUCGAACUUGAACAGGACGCAGUCAGGUUUAUUAUCUCAGCUUCUGAAUCCUGCACUCUUCCCACCUGGACAUCCGGACCGGACCACUCGAUCAUCUCAGGACAUUGUAACGACGAACUUGAGGAUGACCCGGGCUGAUGUGCAGGUACAGGGUCAGAGGCAGCACCACGCCAAUCAGUCUUUCCAGGCAGUUCCUCCGCAGAGGAGUCAUAGUGCGUUCGCGGCACCGCCAACACGUCUCUCGACCAGCAAGAGUGCUGUUGCGCUUCCAAUGGCUGCUCAGGUAACAGCGAUCAGUAGCUCGAAGCCUACGGCAUCUGCUGUACGCAAGCCAGUGAUCAGCGAAAAUUUAGGUAGGAAUGAGAAGGGGUGUGGUGGGUACCGUCCCAAGGGUCGACCACGGGAGGAGGAGAUGGAGGAUGACAGUGGGGAAGAGAACGAGGAUGAUCGGAUUCAAGUUUCGAAGAGUGUAGCCCAGGAAAAACUCCAAGCAUUGAUGUUGCGUCGGUCUUCGUCUUCCCAGCAACGGCAGCUACAGCGGGAGUCGGUGAGUGGGAGAAGUGGUGGAGCGAAAGCCUACGGGAACGACCAUUUAGUUGGAGCUGUCGAUUAUACACCUGAUGGCCCGGCGAUCACAACGAACGCGGUGACGAUGGCUGCGCCGACGCCAAUUCCACUUGGGCACCCAUACAACCUUCCUCCACCUGCACCACCGAUGACACCUCGCACAACGAGAAGGAGGAUGCUCAGGACAGAAUUGUCCGAAAGCAUGCGGAGACAACUGCUGUGGGAGCGACAAGUUAGUAGCACCCAAAAUCCCGCUGUUGCCGCCCGUCGUGCGAGAAUGACCACGACAACUUCUGAGUCCCCCAUGCACACGGGUGCUCAGGGUGAUCCUAACCGGACACGCGGAAACGUGAAUGGGACCGACGACAGGGAGGGGAGGAGAACGUUAUUGAGGAAUUGGACGUGGUCGGAUGACUAUCAUUUUGCAGGGUGGUGACGUGUUACUUCCCCGGAUUUCUUUUGCUUUUGGUGUGUCCUAGGCUGUAUGGGAUUCUGCGUCGGCGCCCUCCCAACUGCGUUGACUCCACCCCAUGAUUGUGCGUACUCGAUCAUUUUUGGCUAUCUCUGCGAGUCUCUUGCUUCCAAUCUUUGGUUCUUGUCUAUCCUCCUUCGACUAACAUCUCGAUCGCAAGCAUUAGGCAUGACAAUGCAUGUUUAUUAUCUUGUCAACUACCGUGUAAAAUUAGUUCUGACAGUAUUAAUGCGUAUAUAAUCUGGGUGUAGGCGUACAUCGAAUACGGG